GGUAAUGGUGGCCGUGUAUGAAUUGUGUUAUUGUUUUGUUACGCGUGCGUGUUUGUACGGAUGCCCAUCUGUCGUAUGAUACGCGAUACGCCGACGUCUCGACAAGAUCCGACGUCCGGCUUCGUUUGCCGCUGUUACCGAAGAUCUCCUCACGCUUGCAGAUAGGAGUUCCGACGACUGCGAAGGAAAAAAAAAUGGCUCCGCAAGUGAUACGCGCCGCGACCUACCUUAGCCCCGGAAUCCCCGUAGAGUUCUUCCAGGCCGUUCUGGAUUACCUCGAGCAAAGGCUCGACGUCCACACCACAUUGAUUUACGAGUCCCGCUGGUUCGGACCUCCGGCCGACCGGCGUGACCCUUUUGCCCACGGAGACGUCGACAUCGCCUUCAUGAGCCCGCUCGCUUUCGUCCGAAUGCACGAUUCCGGCAACGAGCACAUCGAGCUGCUACCGGUUUCAUCCGUGCACGAGCACCUCAAAGGCGGCAACGAUACGGGACACUUCGCGGACGUAAUCAUCAACGCCGACUUGAAGGCAGCCAGCGUCGACUCGUUCGAGAUGCUACGCGGCUGCCGGUGGGCCUACACAGGCCCGGAGUCCUUCAGCGGCAAUCAGAUAACUCUCCAGGUGCUCAAGCGACGCGGCGAGACGGCCACAUUUUUCGGCAACAAACUGCGCUCCAAGUCACACCUCGACUCCAUCUACAUGGUUCUCAACAAACAAGUGGACGCCGCCGCUGUAGAUGCGAACUGCUUGGCGCUGUUUUUCGACCGGAACCCGUCCUACAAGGAUAAGGUGUUCGUGAUCGAGUCGUGGGGGUCUCUCCCGCCUUAUCCCAUAGUUGUCAGGAAGGCGCUGCCCCAGGAAACAAAGCUGGCUCUUAAAGACGCGUUACUCGAGAUGUCAGAGUUCUCCGAAGGCGCUAAGCAGCUCGCUCAGUACAGGGUAAAGCGUUUCGCGCCUGUCAGCAUGGAUCAGUUCCUGGCCUUCAAGGAGGACGUCAGAGAAACGACCAAGCUUACCUUUGACUCGGUGUACUACUGAAAUACUCGGCUGUAACGGUGCAUCCUCGAAGGACGACCGGAGUCCUAAGAUAAUGUAUACGCGGCUGUGUAGAAUUGCCGUUCGGUUAGCGUACUUAGUGAGAUAAAAAAAAGACGAACGAGAGGAAUUUCCUGGGAACAUAUUCUAGGCGGCAGGCAUUUCCAAGCCCGCUGUCAGUUGCCGUGUCUAGCUCCUUAAUAUAAUCGUAGUUAGAGCAUUGCUUGCUUUAAUGAAUUAGCUCUUAGAUACUGCAAUGGUAUUUACGCACUCAAUACGUGUUGUUUGGGAAGUUAUGUACUUGGGCACAAGCGGCCGUAGGUUUAGCAAAAUAAUGCGAUUGUAUUUGUGCCCUACAAAUUUCUGUAACGUUUUUUUAUCCGAACCUUGUGAAACCCUACCCUGUUGGUCACAAGUGGACUAUGCCUGUUCAUUCCUAUGCAAUCUUUUUGUAGCAAUCCUUUUGGUAGUGGGAUUUUCCUAUGAAUGCGAAAUGUAUCAUGCUAUGUUACGUAUCUGUUUUUCGUUGGAACAUUUGUUGCUUUGGUUUAAAAACUCGUGUGCACAGAACCCUGUGGUGUAAAAACAGAGUUCAUGUUAUGUUAUGCUAGUGAGAGAAAGUCCCGACAGUAAUCUGUAUAGAUUUCUUUAUUAAAUAUAUAUAACUUUUUACAAUUCGGGAGUGUUGAGGCCAGUCUGAAUAAAACUCGGUGAUCUAACUAAGGAACAAUUCUCCCCAACUUCCACGAGUGCCAAGCGCAACAUUCCUGGUUGAUCAAUCAUGCUCACUCACAAAUGCAUACUUGCAAAAAAAAGGUUCGUUGGAGCCAUCUCCCACAUGUACAAUGUGAAAUAAAGCAUUCACUCGCAAUAGAAAAAAAGAACAGGGUCCUAAAAGUGAUAAGGGAAUGUCAAUUGGACAGCUUGAAAUGGGGAGAGACAGUCAUCCAUAUAAGCUCUAAUGCUACAUGCGAUGGCAGCUCUAGAACAUAGUUCCUUGACCAGAGUUGGGCAUGCGCACAACACGUUGGUAUAAUUCUCGCCUAUCGUUAAAUUAGCGGGCACUAAUGUAGCACCCGGGGUGUGUUACAGCCUCGUAGCUAAGCUAGUUACAUGCCCUUGUGGUUAAAACUGCUCAUCAACAGUCGCAUUCGAAACAAAUGCGAUUUACAGUUGCCUUUUUUUUCACUUAGACAAAUGCCACACUAAGCAAAGAUGCCCUUCAGUCUGACCUGAAUACUUGGCAGCCGUUCAGAAUUAACCAACACCACAAUCUCCCUUGUUCUAUUGAUACCACAGCCUCCUACAAUUGCAGUACUAUUCAGACUGCUCACAUUCAGCUUUCUUCUGCAUACUAAUGCAGUGCUUACUAUAUGCAACAGGUUCAUUUUUUAAGAAACAAUGAGCACUUCGCUUUCCUGCAAAAUUGGCGGGCAAUUCCAAGACCAGCUCUUUGUCACCUUCAUAGCCCACACUGUAGUCAUGACCAGACUGUCUCGCAGCUGAUGCAACAACCUAAAAAGGAUCUGGUGCCGUAAUCAAUAUAGCUACGAAAGCCCAGCAAAUAUAUUAUUUUUAUAUUGUAGCCCUGAUGAGGCGAAAUUAAUGACACAAGAGGGAAGACCGUGUACAGAUUGCGGUGACGUUUUGACAACUACACACUGGACAAAAGCGGUAAAUACUUUGUUUUCUGCUAAAAAUCUGCAUAAUACAACAGGAUUCCCAUCAUCCCAGAACAUUUUUGCACUGUGCCAAUUUAAUUAAAUCCAGACUUCUCUAGCAGAGCCAAAGAAACACAGUUGGAAAUCAGAACAAAGUGAGACAAAAAAAGCACCACUAGGCACAGGCUUGUGCACUUUGGUGAAAACAAUGAUGGACGCUGACCAAGGUGAAAAAAUGUUUACUGACGUUUCAGCUCCCACACGGGAGCCUUGUACACAAUGAGCGUCGAUAAACAUUUUUCACCUUGAUCGGCGUCCAUCAAUGUUUUCACCACCGUUUCAUCCCGACCUGACAAGAUUUCAUCAGACCUUCGACUUCGUUGUGCACUUUACAUGAAGCUUUUUGCAUAUGCCUUUCGAUGCAAUUACACACUCCUAUGUACAAGCUGUGUAAGCAACAAAACGUUUAUACAGCAACAAAAAAACUCUGCAAAGCACAACAAAAUAAAGAAAGUCCUGCACU